AUGUCUACUUCGAGCGACGCACGACUUCAUUUUGAAGGGGUACUCGACAAGGCUGGAAAAAGGUUCUUCGAGGUAUGUGUUUAUCUGCAUUCCAUAACAAAACUUAAUUUACAGCGCUAAACCAAAACAUGUUUAAUAUCAUACUUGCUAGACUGAAAUCAAUGUACAGGCUGCGUAAAAAAACAACUAAGGAAGUCAGCUAAGACAUUUUAGGCCAAAAGUGGUUGAAGAAGGGAACGAAAUUGGACUUGUAGUACACACGCGGGCGCAGCUGGGCAUCUCUAUAAGGUACAUUUCCAUAUUGCUAAGGAAGCUAGUAGGCAUAUUUGUUUCUGUAAAUACACAUUGAGAACACAUAAUAACAUAAUUAUUAAAUAAUUUUCUCUCGCAAGGCUUAUAAAGGUUUUUAAAGAAAAAUAUUUGAAAUAUAAUAUCGAAACAACUUUCGCUGAAGCAAUAUAUAUCGCGAUUUAGCUUUCGAUUGAAUGUUUGUUACAGUUACUGAAUGAUUGCUCUAUUUUUCUUGGUUUACUCUUGAUCUACUUGGCUAUUGUUAUUCACUUUAUGAAAGUCAGUUAGAGUUCGAUCAUCAUUUAAUAGCAGCUUAAAGAAAUUAACACUGUUUACAUACUCCUCAACGACUUCCGCUUUGCAUGCCUAUAUGUCCUCCCCCUCCCCCUUCCCCCAGAGGAUAUGCCCGGUUUGGGUUGUAUAUUAAGGAUGACCGGCCACCCUGACGGCUAAAAUACAUCCGAACCCAAUGCUGUCCAUUUUAAUCCGUUUACCUACACAGCAGUAAUAUGAAAUUUGCUUCAUAAUAAAGUGUUAAGGUAUAUAUUGAAUAGUGGGCGUGUAAGGCAAGUGUGCCCGUAUUGCUAACUUUUUAAGGACCCAUUUUGCUUUAUAUUUUAUCUAUAAGGCAUUUUAAUAUAGAAGCACGUUAAGUUAAUUUAGUAGGCAUAUUUUUUAUUCAGGAAACACCUGAAACACCAAAACUUUGCUAAACCAUUCUCCUACAGUAACUUGCAUCUCACUUGUGAUGCCCUCUUAAUAGUGUAAGGAGGGGGGAGGGGGUGGUACACAUACCUCUGAUCUGAAUUUUAAAGCUGGAUGUUAUUGAGAAGGAAGUCAUGCACUGCUUAGGGUAUUUUACUAUAAAUGUAUCUCCACUUGUCGUCAUCACUGUUGCAGUGCACCUUUAACCCAUCUGCAUGUUUGUCGUUUGUUGUCAUUUCAUCUGUCUUAUGUUCAGGGCUGUCAACCCCUUAAGUCUUCAAAUAUUGAGAAUUGGUAGAUGACGUCAGAAAUGCACAGCACAUGACGUCAUUUCUCCAAAAACCCGCGAAAAAGAUAUUGUUAAAAUUGUGACAUUUGACCUGAUUGGUUAACUUGCCACCAGUCACGACAUUGCUUAUAUUUCAAUGGCGUACCAGAGUAUCUGAGGAAAUGUUCAAUGUUAAUAAAAUAGCUGAAAAAAAACAAAAAAUAGAAUAAAAAAUAAAAUAAAAUAAAAAAGCUCAAUUGAAAUUUCAUUGUCAGAGAGUCGCGAGUCUACAAGAAAUGGCAAAUUUUGGCGAUUAUCGGGGAGAUUUCAGCCUCUAAUCUGGAGACCCGGAGAUAGGGUUCAAAAUCUGGAGUCUCCCGGAUUAUGUGGGAGAGUUGACAGCACUCUAUGUUGCUGUUUCAAGGCCAUGUCGCUUAUCAGAAUUGUACCCAAACAACUAGGCCAUAAUUUCUGUUUUUAUCAUUUAUCUACACAUAAUUAACCGACUCAUAUCAUGAUCAGCAAAUAACACAAGGUAUUUGAAGUUUGUAGUCACCAGUGUCCCCUGCAGAAAAUUUAUAAAAAAUGAUCUUUACCAUAAUAGACCUUAGUAAGGUUUUUCCACUUCACACUAUUUGUCCUAUCCACAUGCCCUUGAAUGCAUGAUUUUUGAAAAGACAAAAAGGCAAAUUCCUUUGCUGGUCUGAACUAGGAAAACAAAACAUUCAAGGGUCUAGCCUCAAGCCAAAAAGUCUAUGUAAAGGGUCAUCCCUCUCCCCAGUCCCUCAUUCCUUCUUCCUUCCAUUACUGCUCUUGCCUCAUAAGCUAAUGGAAACAGAGGGGUUUGGCUUUACAUACUUUAAGUGUGUUGCACCCUAGGCCUCACCCCCUAGGGGUACUUACCAAAGUCUUAUGUGGGGAGGUUUUGCCCCAAGUUCCAGCCCCAUAACCAUUUUAACAGAAAAGGUUACCCCUUUCGUGUAACUUCUAUUGACAAAUAGUACCCCUUUCGCAUACUUAAUUUACAACACUACAUCCCUUUUAAUGGCUACCAGUUCAUACACCUAAGGCCUGAAAAAGGCACCUCUUUUGGGUGGAGCCUCCCUUAUAGGCCAAUAUUUUAGGGAAUCCCGCCCCCCACCCCUGCGCUUGGAAAACAGAAAAUAGAUAUGUUGUUACAUUUAGUAAAGAUAUAUGUUCACAACUGAAGUACUCAAUUUAAAAAAAAAUGUAGUUCAAUAUUUCCAUAACAAAUAUAGUUUGGAAUCAAGUAAUAUCAUUCAAAGUGCUUGCACCAGUAAAUUUUCCCGUAACAGACUUAACCUUCACAGGAGUUUUAAUAAGGAGGUGAUCUAGUCAGCUCCUUUCUGUGCUAAAUCACAAAGUAAGGAUCCCAUUAUUGCCUGGAGCAGCAGGCUGGACAACAAUGUGCUCACUUUUCAGUAGACUUUUCUGCACAUUGGGAAUAUUAGCACUUCCUUAGCAAAUAUAAAUCAUUUUAUCAUUAUUGUCUGUUAUAUCAAGGGUUUUAGAAAAAGAUGGUUCACUCUAGAUGGACAGGACUUGACAUACUAUAAGGCUCCUGAGAAAACGGUAUGUGAUAAACAUAACUUAAUGUUGAAUUAAGAAAUUAGUGUCUUGCUAAAGACUCCUUUAUGGCCAUGGGGUACUCCCAUAUUAAGGGAGUUAAUGCUUGUCAUCUUGAGUUUAGUGUCACUUAGGGAAUUCAGGAUGUUACUACAUUAUACAUGUCAACUACGUGCCUUCUUGAACUGUAAGCAUUUAUUUUUUGUUUUUUUGCAUCAGGUUGCCAUGGCUACCAAUAAAUUAAUGCACGACCCUUGACACACAUCUCUCUAAUCAACGUUGAAUUCAUUAGGCAGAUUAUUAAAUAUACUAAUAAUUUGUACCCCUGGGUCUCCAAGAUUGUUUAUCUUUCUUUUUUUUGGGCUUGAUCUAAAGUUCCCAACAAACUGCAGCUAAUUCAAAUAUUAAAGGUACAUUAAAAGUUGUUACUUUAUUGCUUCAUGCCUUAUAAAACUAACUAGGACAGCUCCAUGGUCAGCUCUAGGCAGGAUUUUUCAAUAAGUAGGAUCUUAUGACAGAGCCCAUUAGAAAAUGGGAACAAACCAGUCCACCACCCUGCACUCCUGCAGCCUUUUAAAAAUUCAUGAAAAGAGAAAGUCUAGCAUAUUGAUUACUCACACAGUGUAAGCUGCAUAGAAGGAUUGAAAAGCUGACAUUAAUUGUUCUCAUGAGUACUCAUCGUUCAUUAGAAUGCUCGCAAUGUCAUUUUUUCAAUAUUCUUAUGGUGGCACAUUGACCUUUAAUUUAGAAGCAGUUGAUAAAACCAUAUUUCAUUUGUGUUUUAUUCGCCCACCAACGCAGUACCACUGCUUUUUGAAACUUAUUAAACCUAUUGUAACUUUUAUUCAGAAUACAGAGCGAUGGCCUGAUUGUUUUACUACUUCAAUUUGUCUUUGUUACAGGGCUCGCAGGCACCCUAGGAUACCCUGACCACGCCCAAAAUCCCACCAACUUUGAAUUUAAGUUAACGAGUAGUCUACACAGUCAUACAGACAAUCAAAAUACGCGAGAUGUAUUAAGGACGUGUUCAUCACUAGAAAAAUUGCUCGCAUUUGGAUCAACACCAAACUACUAAUGCAUCUUUAAAUUAUUUGUAUUUAAAUCUUUGUCUUUUUUUGUGACAGGAAGAAAAUUACCUUGGACACAUCGAUUUUAGCCAGGUGACUUGUCUUUUUUAGUAAGAAACUCACAAGUAUUUUUUCAGUGAAAUUUUUUAUGAAUUUUUAUACCUUUAAAGAAUUUUUUCACAUCUAUGAAUAUCCGGGGAUGUUUUCCAGAAUCGCUUUGCUCUAAUUUCGUCCAAUUCAGUUACUGAAGCCACACGGUCAAGUGUAGGAAUUUUGUCUUGAUGGGCAAUGUCGUUAAUGUUUUUAUAGUUCAGUUUUUCCAUUUCUUUAUUUUUUUGGAAUUAGGUUAAAGCAGUUAAUCCUGUCAAAAUGGUGAACAAUGGAUUUCAGAUAGUUACCAAGAGCAGGACGUACACUUUUGUAAGUUAGACUAAUAACCGUAAAUGAUCUAAUUUAUGCCCACUCUCAUAUAAACGCCUCUUAUCUAAUCACAUUAAACGCCCCCUUUACAAUGUUAAGUUUAUAUUAGCGCCCCUCUCUAAUAAACGCCCCCUGUCUGAUAGCCGCCCCCUAUUGACAAUAUUAGGGGCCUUAAGAUCCGACGACGGCGACGGCAACGAAGACGUCAAAAAAGCACUAGGUUUAAUAACCAAAACAACAAUUUUGCACGUGCAUCAUGAUUUUUUUGUACAUUUCUUUGCCGUCACUGCGCGACUACGACGUGAAAAUGCCUAAUUUCACGCUUUACAGAGGAAGUACACAAGCGACGACGAAAUUUCCUCUCUAUUUCUGAACUUGAAUAUGGUUCUUAAUUUUAGUGAGGGUUCACCUACAUCUGACAAAGUUAGUGACUUGGAGUAGUCGCGAUGAAGAUUGAUAGAACUCGAAUUCACUUUUUGAGCGACGUUUUCGCUGCCGCCGCCGUCGUCGGAUCUUAAGGUCCCCAAUAACUCAAAAAUAUACUAGGAAUUAUCAAAAAGGAGUAAAAUCAUUCGAUUUAUUCACUUUUUUGCUUGAUUAACAAGUAAGGAUAGGCUUAAACGAUGACAACACAAUGAAACUGAAUAAGGAUUCUGAGGAUUCUGGCAUCGAUGUUGAGAUUGAAAGGGCGAUAUGCCGGAUCUCUAGACGACCUAGCCGUAUCAAUGAACGGAGUGGAUUAAAAUCUCUUGAUAUUUCGCCCCAAGGCAUAUUACAGAUGUUAGUUUUGUUAAGCUUGUUACAGUAAUGAGAAUAAACGCUUCUCUCUUUCAAAUGCCUCCCAUCUAUUAGUCUGGCCCCUUCUGGCCCUGAUCUUGGACCCCUAAGACACCCCGGCGUCUAUCAGAUCAUUUAGGUGAUUCUUAUAACGUACCGUUAUAAGCUUGCAUUUGAGAUGCGUGGGAGUUCUGGAGCUCUAAUUGACACAUUCAACUAAAGAGAACGAGGUUAAAAUCUUUUUAGUAUUGCAAAAAGUAGGCAAAUAAGUCAUACGAGUAAUAUAAGAAAUUAGACAGACGCUCAAAGAUUAUAUAAUACAAUCCAGUUCCUUUAGCGAUAAUUGGCUUUAUCGUCAUUUUUAUUUUUAUAAAUUCACAAAAUUUAUUCACAAAUGAGCUUUCGGUGCGAUUCUCAGAGAAUUAGUGAAUUUUUAUGUUUUAUGUCAAGUGUGGUGCCUCAAAUAGAAGCGAACUUUGCUGAAGAAUAAGCAGUGUGUUUCCGGAUAAUUUUGGCACACCUUUCUCCUGACUUGAUGCAGUAUAGAACUCUGAUCAUUUGUAAUCAAUCAUAAGAGCUUAUGGUGGAAAGUGACUGAAUCAAAAGCUCCUGUAUAGGAUUAUAUAUAUAUUUUUUCGUAUCAAAACGGAUCCGGAAAGAAUAGGGCUAAUUGAUCCUAAUUGCAUGUUGUAAAUUCUCUUACUUCUUGUUUUUAUAACUAAUAUGUGUUUUUCUGUUACAGUCUGCUCCUACACCGGAAUUACUCACAGACUGGGUGAGUGUGCUGAGGCAAGCCAUGCAAUUGAAAUCCAUUGAGAAACGCAACCGUAGUUUGAGGUAAGAAGGCUUUCUUUUUAAUUUGUCUGCGUGUGAGACAGAGAGCAGACGGCUAAGCCUUCAUUUGCGACCGUUCUUUGUAGUGUUUUCUGUUUAAAUUCAUUUUAUUCAGAAACACAAGAGUCGACAAAAAUAAUUGUAUCAUCAGAUACAAAAGGCUACACCUUUGACUCAGGUUUCGGGUGACCACGUAGAAAUGGUGGCGUUAACGUCUCAAGCACUGGAUGUAAAAUCAGUGACCUAUCUUAAUCAGUUCUUCGAGUGAAAUACGUAGUGAGAUGAACACUUUCUUAACUUUUGUCCACUUGAUCAUGGAUGAGGCCUGGCUAUGCCAUGCACUUAUUUUUAUCACUUUUCAAAAAUUAAGCGAUUAGCUUGUUUCCUUAAGUGCUCUCUCUUAUAUCUGAAAACAUGAUCUCUUUUCUUUACGGCGAUUUUAGCUGUCAAGAUCCCAUUUCUUCGCAAUACGAAGAAGUUUCAAGUCGUUCACUGCGCAGUCUCAGUACUGAUCACAGCUUGGAUGAGUUUGAUGCAGCCGACCUCUUGUACUCGAGUGUAAGCGAGCCAGGUAACCAGCGUGGAGCUUCUUCUCAAGGACAAGGAGAGUACGGUUUGGUUGGUCCUGCAACGCUGCCGAGAGCACAAAGAAAUAAAGAUGACGCUGUAAUGUACGAGCUAGUUGGUUCGAGGCCUCCAUCAAAAUCUGCCCCUCCCACUUACGAAAUGGUUCAGUCUUCGAAGAAAAACACGGUUGAGAGCGCCGAAGGGCUUUAUGAUUUGGUACAGAAUGUUCAACGGCAGGAAAGCCCCAAGCCGCUUGAGGAAGGAAGUACGGGGCAGGAAGAACCAGCUGCUCCACAGAUACACGCGGAUACAGAUGCUGAAAAGCAAGAACAGACUUCGCUUUAUAGCACCGUGACAAGGGAUCGCAGUAGAAAGAAAAAACCGUCCGUGCGCGGUCUGUCAAUGAUCACGGAAGGCGAGAACGAGGAAGUGGAAGAACUUUCUCCCGUGCCUACCCCCGAGGAAACUGCACCUUCGUUGCCAGCCAAGUCUGUAGAUGAAGUUUAUGCUAUAUAUGAAAUAAAGCGAUUCUUGGAAGAAACAGCAACGGAGGACGAGGAAAAUGGGAUAAGUUAUCAAAAAACCAAAGGGAACGAGGAAGAACCUGGUGCUUUUCCAGUGCGAUCAGGUUCUGCGUUCCAGCAGCUGAAGGCUUUCUUACAGGAGCUUGAUUCUACAGAAUCUGAUUAA